AUGAAUCAUAGAACACCACCCUACCCUGCUGGGGACUAUUGUCUUCUGUGCAGAAGCGAACGGAAAGACUCUGCCUUCUCGGAGAGUGGGCUCAAGGCUGCGAGCAAAUUGGCCCUUUCCAUGGCUCCCAAGGGCAACAGCGUGCUGCACCUGCCGCUGUGGGUGUGCCCGGACUGCCGGCGGACUGUGGAGAGGGAGGAGCGGCACGGCAGCCUGGACCAGCCAGCGCAGGGCCAAGACUUCCUUCUGCACUCCCCCCUGGGUUCACAGCCGGAGGCCGGCGGUGGCGGUGGGAGGCUGGCCCUGGGCGCUCAGCCGCUGUCCCCGGCCGGGCUGGGCGCGGGCCCGUCAGAUGCGGCAUGUGCCUGUGAGGCCUGCAGCGAGCGCAGGGACAUUUCGGCGGAGACGGAGCGGGAGCCUCAGCAGCUGCAGAACUGCUGGUCAGAAGUGCGCUACAUGGUCCGCUGCAUUUACCGCCAGGCGGGGACCCCGCUGGCAGAUGACCAGGACCAGUCUCUGGUGCCCGACAAGGAGGGGGUGAAGGAGCUCGUGGAUAGGCUCUGUGAGAGGGACCCCUACCAGCUGUACCAGCGGCUGGAACAGCAGGCCCGAGAGUACGUGCUGGAGAUGAAGGUCCGGCUCCUCCGGCAGCUGUCUGCUGCAUCCAAAGUGAAGUCGCCAUCCGCCCUGCAGGGCCCCCCGCAGGCGCACCAGUUCAUCUCCCUUCUCCUUGAGGAGUAUGGCGCCCUGUGCCAGGCGGCCCGCACCAUCAGCACCUUCCUCGGCACCCUGGAAAACGAGCACCUGCAGAAGUUCCGGGUGACGUGGGAACUGCAUAAUAAACACCUCUUUGAAGACCUGGUCUUCUCGGAGCCGCUUCUCCAGAGCAGCUUGCCAGCACUGGUGUCGCAGAUCAGGCUGGGAACCACGACCCACGACACCUGCAGCGAGGACGCGUACAGCACCUUGCUGCAGCGCUACCAGCACUCUGAGGAGGAGCUGCGCGGCGUGGCCGAGGAGUGGCUGGAGUGCCAGAAGAGGAUCGACGCCUACGUGGACGAGCAGAUGACACUGAAAACCAAACAGCGCGUGCUAACGGAAGACUGGGAGCUUUUUAAACAGAGGCGAUUCGUGGAAGAUCAGUUAGCAAACAAAAAAGCCGCCCCUGGUGAGAACAGCUUCACGGACACUGUGAGGCACGUGCUGUCGUCGCGGCUGAGCAUGCCCGACUGCCCCAACUGCAGCUACAGGAGGAGGUGUGCUUGUGAUGACUGCAGCCUGUCACACAUCCUCACUUGUGGCAUCGUGGAUCCCCCCGUCCCUGGCGACAUCCACAUUCACCAGCUGCCACUCCAGGUGGACUCUGCCCCCGACCGUCUCUCUGAGAUGCGCCCGCCGAGCGCGUCGUCGGCAAGCUCAGGGUCAGGCUCCAGCUCUCCGCUUGCAGCCCAGCAGCACCCCAGACUUAUCCUCACAGACAACGGCUCGGCACCGACUUUUUGUAGUGACGAUGAAGAUGUCGCCCCGUUGUCCGCUAAGUUUGCUGACAUCUAUCCGUUGAGUAACUAUGACGACACGGAGGUGGUGGCCAACAUGAAUGGAAUCCACAGCGAACUGAACGGUGGCGGGGAAAACCUGGCGCUGAAAGAGGAGUCCCCUCAGGUAAGCAGUACCAGCAGUAGCUCUUCAGAAGCUGACGAUGAAGAGGCGGCCGGCGAGAGCAGUGGGGAGCCACCAGGAGCCCCGAAGGAGGACACGGCCCCAGGAAACGGGAGCCCCGGGAAAGAGGAAAGUAAAGUGGACAGUCCACCCCCAUCUUACCCUGCCCAGCAGGCUGAACCAGCUCCAAACACUUGUGAAUGUCACGUUUGUAAACAAGAAGCGUCUGGAUUGACGGCAUCAGCCAUGACUGCGGGGGCCCUCCCUCCUGGCCACCAGUUCCUGAGCCCCGAGAAGCCCACACACCCUGCUCUGCAUCUUUACCCGCACAUCCACGGACACGUGCCCUUGCACGCCGUCCCACACCUGCCACGCCCUCUUAUUCACCCCACCUUGUACACGGCACCCCCCUUCACACACAGUAAGGCUUUACCGCCAGCACCUGUUCAGAAUCACACAAAUAAGCAUCAGGUAUUCAGUGCAUCUCUUCAAGACCAUAUUUACCCGAGCUGUUUUGGGAGUGCUCCAGAGUGGAAUAGUUCUAAAUUUAUAAGUCUCUGGGGAUCAGAAGUGAUGAAUGAUAAGAACUGGAACCCUGGCGCGUUCUUGCCAGAUACAGUUUCUGGGAGUGAUAUAUUAGGGCCAGCACUCUCAGAAACAAGACCUGAAGCCCUUCCGCCUCCAUCUAGUGGUGAAACACCUGCAGUUUCGGAGAGUAAGGAGAAAAAAAAUGCUGCAAAAAAGAAGUGUUUGUACAAUUUCCAAGAUGCUUUUAUGGAAGCGAACAAAGUUGUGAUGGCCACCUCGUCAGCCACCUCCUCCGUGUCCUGCACGGCCACCACGGUGCAGUCCAGCAACAGCCAGUUCAAGGUGUCAUCCAAGAGACCGCCUUCCCUAGGUGAGGUCUUCCAUGGCAUCAACAAGGAGGACCACAGGCACGGGGUGCCAGCCGCCCCCAGGAACAGCCCCACCGGUUUGGCACCGCUGCCCGCUCUCGCCCCCGCCGCCCUCCCGCCAGCCUCCACGCCUCACCUUGCAAAUCUUGCAGCCCCAUCCUUCCCCAAAACUGCCACCACCUCUCCCGGGUUUGUGGAUUCGCGCAAGACCUUCUGCCCUGCUCCCGUGGCACCCCCGCCCCCCACCACAGACAGCUCCAUGAGCGCACCUCCCAGCGUCUGCAGUGACCCCGACUGCGAGGGGCACCGCUGCGAGAACGGUGUCUACGACCCGCAGCAGGACGACGGGGACGAGAGCGCGGACGAGGACAGCUGCUCCGAGCACAGCUCCAGCACCUCGACCUCCACCAACCAGAAGGAGGGCAAGUACUGCGACUGCUGCUACUGUGAGUUCUUCGGGCACGGCGGGCCUCCAGCUGCACCAACCAGUAGAAAUUAUGCAGAAAUGAGGGAGAAGCUUCGUUUACGGCUGACCAAGAGGAAGGAAGAGCAACCCAAAAAAGCGGACCAGCUCUCGGACAGGGAGAGCGUGGUCGACCACCGGCGCGUGGAGGACCUGCUGCGGUUCAUCAACAGCUCGGAGCCCAAGCCAGCCAGCAGCAGCCGGGCGGCCAAGCGCGCGCGGCACAAGCAGAGGAAGCUGGAGGAGAAGGCGCGCCUUGAGGCAGAGGCCCGGGCCCGGGAGCACCUGCACCUGCGGGAGGAGCGGCGGCGGCGGGAGGAGGAGGAGGAGCGGCUCCAGGAGGAGUUUCAGCGGCUCCAGGAGCUUCAGAAGCUGAGAGCCGCGAAGAAGAAGAAGAAGGAGAGGCCGAGUAAGGACUGCCCCAAGCUGGACAUGCUUGCUGGAGGUCUCCAGGCCGCCGCGGAGCCCGUGCCCUCCUCUGAGAGCAUCCUCAACGGCUCCCUGGAGCCGACCGAAGACCCAGAGACCUCAUCCCACUCCCCCUCCAGACACGCGGACCACACAGAGCCCAGGCCAGGGCCGGGGGCCGGCGGGGACACCAGCGACCCCGCCGACGCCAGGGACUCCAAGCUCCUCCUCCCGAAGGAGGCCAGCGGGAAGCGGCAGGAGCCUCUGUCCUUCCUGCUCGACGUGAUGCAUCAACACAGAGAGGGGCCCGGCAGACAGAAGCUGAAGCAGGCCAGCAAGGCCCCCGGCGAGCCGGCCAGGAAGGCCCUGGAGCCCCCCAGGGCCUUGGAGCCCCCGCCCAGGCCCCGGCCCCAGGCCGAGUCCAGGGCUAAAGUGCUGGACCUGGCCCCCCUGGCGGAGCAGAAGAGGGAGGAGAGGAAAGCCAACAGCAACAACAACAACAGGAAGCAGCUGAACCACGUCAGGGAGGGGAAGUCCAGCCCCAGCCCCGCCGAGCCCGCCGCCCCCGCCGAGCACUCGCCGGGCAGCAAGCCGGUGCCCGCAGACUCCCCGCAGCCCAAGGGCAAGAGCAAGAAGAACAAGAAGAAGAAGGGAGACAGAGCCAGCAGCUCAAUCGAUGAUGUCUUUCUGCCUAAAGACAUCGACCUGGACAGCGUGGAUAUGGAUGAGACGGAGCGGGAGGUGGAGUAUUUCAAAAGGAAGCUGGUGCGAGGCUUGCUCCGGGUCAGCCCGGAGCACUUCCCAGAGCGGCUGGGAGCAGGGCGCGGACGAGGACCCCGGGCAUCCAGCUGCUGUGAAGAGCAAGGGGUCCGGGCACAUGCAGCAGCGGACACCGCUGGGAGGCUGUCGCCAGAGUUGAGGGGAGACGGUAGACACAGAGGUUUAAUUCCUGCUACCCAAGGUAGUGCUUGAAGGGUGAGAACUUGAGGAAUUGUGCAAAGGAAAGACAAUGUUCUUCGCUUCAUCUGACACAGAAAUUGGCCUCCACUGCCUGGGAAGCACGCUCAGCACGUUUGCUCCGGAGCCGGGCGGGGGGCAUGUGGCUGCUUCUCGCCCUGAAAGUGCUUGUUUCAAGUCACCUCACCGGUGACCCUGAGGACAGACGAGGGGAGGCCGGGGUCUCCGGGGCCCGGGGGGUAGGGUGGUGGCCGCCGGCAGAGCCCAGCUUCGACCCCAGCUUCCAAUUCUCAGAUGGGCUCGUGGGAAGCUUCCUUCAGCCCUUCCCUGAAGCUCAGGGUGACUGACGGGCACAAAGCCCCAGAGGAUGUCCAGGGUGCCGGCCGGGGCCCGUCCCCGCCCUG